AUGGAAAAUAUUGAAGUCCCUGAGUAUUUCAUUUGUCCAAUUUCUUUACAAAUCAUGAAAGAUCCAGUGACUGCCAUUACAGGAAUCACCUACGAUCGUGAAAGCAUAGAACAUUGGCUUUUCAAGAACCAUAAUACCAUAUGUCCAGUUACUAAGCAGCCUUUGCCAACAGACUCUGACUUGACACCAAAUCACACUCUCCGCCGUCUGAUUCAAGCAUGGUUCAUAGCAAAUGGAGCCAACGGUAUUGAUCGGAUUAUAACUCCAAAGCCUCCUGCAAGCAAAGUCUAUGUCCUCAACCUCGUGCUUGAUCUUUCGGUCACCAGAUCGAAGAUUAGGGCGCUAGAGAAGUUGGAGUUGCUGGCUAAGGAAAAUGAGAGGAACAGACAGUACAUGGUUGAAGGUGGAGUUCAUAAUACCCUAGUUAGUUUCUUCAUCCAAUGUUACAAGAAACGUGAUAUAAAUGGUCUUGAAAAAGCCCUUACUAUUCUUUCUUUGAUCUGGAAUAUUUCUUCUUGUGAAACUAAGGUCGAAAAUCAUGAAGAAAUAGUAGAUCCGAUUAUGUGGGCAUUAGGUCUUGACCACGAGACGCAAAAUCAUGAAGUAAUAAAAAACCAUGCAAUGUGUGUGUUGAGAACUGUCAUCGGUAAGGCGAAUUCGGGGACAUUAGAGAGGUUGAGACCUGAGUUUUUCAAGAAAAUGAUAGAGUUUUUACGUGAGAGUAGUAUCAUCACUCAAAAAGGACUUGAUGCUGCUUUACAUGUCAUGUUAGAUACUAGUUCUCUGAGCAGAAACCGAAAUAUGAUGAUUGAAUCAAGGGCAGUGUUCGAGCUCAUCGAGCUCGAACUCAAAUUUUCAAAUAAAAAGACAACAGAGCUCAUUCUAGGGAUACUAUUCCAUUUGUGUUCUUGUGCAGAUGGAAGAGCGCAACUUCUUAGUCAUGCUGCUGGAAUUGCUAUGAUCACAAAGAGGAUUCUGAAAGUGACUCCCACUGCAGAUGUACGAGCUAUGUCGAUUCUUUCGUUGAUUUCCAGGUAUUCUGCAACAUGUGGAGUGCUUCAGGAGAUGUUGAAAGUUAAAACUGUGUCAAAGCUUUGCACGGUGCUUCAAGCAGAUUGUCCUUCACAUCUCAAGGAUAUAGCAAGGGAAAUCCUAAGAACACAUUUUGAUGUUUGGAAGAAUUCACCCUGUGUUGAAGUUGCUACCUUAACAAGGUAUGCUUAA